GCUCAUAAGUAUUGAACAAGAUUUUUCUUCCCAUACUUGUUUUUCGGAUUCAAAUGAAAACUAUUGAUCGAUUCGGUAAAUUGGUAAAAAAAAGAAAAAGAAACCGUUACCUUUCCAUGGAUAAACCCGUAAAGAAAAUGCGACAUGUGUAUUUGUAUUUAUUAUUAAAAUCGAGUAGAUGGAAGAAACUAAUUGAAAAUGAUCUAUGAUUACGACGAUCUUCGAAGCAGCGUGUCCGUACAUUUUACCGGUCAAGAGUAACACUUCGAUUAUGAAAAAUAGCGAAUUCCAUAAAACAUUGCCUAUUUUUGUUCAUCAAUCCUCGACGAUGAAAAAAAAAAAAAAAAAUCUUCGGAGUUCAUCUACGAUGAAAAGUAUGAGGAUCCGGAACAAGAAUCGCUGAAAAUAACUUCAAUUUUUUCGUAUAAAAUAUUACUCUUACUGUAGAUGUACGAGAAAAUUGUUCAUGAUUGAUGAACAUUUCGACAGUUAAUUAACGUGCAGAGAAUUUUCAGAAAACCUUCAAAGUGGAAUGGCGGCGAUAUUAAUGAAUUUCGAACGAGUGAAUUGCAGCAGCAGAAAUAAAUUAUCGAAAUUCUCAUACAAAUCCCAUUCGUGAACGAUCCUAGGAAGAAAAAUUUGUGAAAUAUUCCGAAUAUUUUGGAAAAAAAUCUGUGAAUUUAUAUUUUCCCGCCAGGAAUCGUUUAUGACGCGUCCGCCCCUCCAUCCCUCUAUUUUAUAUAGAGAAGCUUUGGUAAACGGUUGAGAGGUGGCGUGGUCGAACUCCCGCUCCGCGUUUUGACGAUGUCACGUGACCCACGCUUAACCGCCAUCUUUGCUUAGCCGUAUAAACAGUGUGUGCGGGACCCGGUUGCAUAGCGCGAAUUUCUCUUUAAUAAAGAACGUUUAUUUCGGUGUCCUCGUAUAAUUAAAAGCGGAAAAAAAUGUCCGAUAUCAAGGCAGAAACGAAGAACGACAAAGGCGUUGAGGAUUCGUCCAAGGACCAAUCGACCGGAGAUAAUCCAACACCAACGAAAAACAAACGGGGAACAACAAAAAGGCUUUCAUCCCUCGAGAAGACCGUACAGAGUAGUGACGCCGCAAUGAAGAACCUUAAUGCAUCGGUGGGUGCUGAAAUCGAAGGUAGAAGACGUACGCGUAGUUCGGUGCGAGGCUUAGCUGCACCGACGCCAGCCCCGUCACCUCCAAAGAAGGAGAAACGGGAGCCCGCGACGAAAGGGACUGGACGUGGUCGCGGACGUCCGAAAAGACAAGAGAAAAACAACGAAAAUAACAGAGAUGAAGAAGCAUCGAACAACAAGAACGAGAAGGGACAGUCGGAGGACGAAUCCUCAAAGAUGGAGGUCGACGAGCUGAAAGACGUGAAAGAAUCAAAAGCAUCGGACAACGAGGAAAAAAGUACCGAAGAAACGGAUGGUAACGAUACGAACGCCGAAAAGACGACCGACGCCAAUUCAAAGGACGAAAAAUCAACGGAAGAAUCUGAGAAUUCGGCGGAGGAUAGUAAGAGUACGAAUGAAGAUAAGAAAGACGACGAGACUAAGGACAGCUCAGAUUCGAGUCAAGACGCAACGGAAACGAAAAGCGAGGCUAACGUCGCCACGCCGGUAACAACCUCUACGACAACCACCGAGUCACAAAAUCCCUCCACUACCGAUACUCCCGUUGAGGAAAAGAAGGAAUAACCUUUCUCUUACUGCUCUAUCACCCCGCCAGGUACGAAGGCGCCGCGCGCACACAUCGGGGGUCCUCGAUCCAGUCCUCACGUCUAUUUUUAACUAAUUGACACUUUAUUGUUGAUCGUUAAUCUAAUCGGCGCAAUUGUGUUUUAUCAUCUAAUUCUCGAAGAUCCCGCCUGAAAUUUUUGAAAAGGAAAAAAACGAUGAAUAUUUUGAAUUUUCGAACACGAAUGCUUUCGGCAAAUUUUCCAAUGGAAAAUGAUAUCUUGAAACGUUAGAUAUCCCAUUUAUCGUCUAUUGCAAGAAAGAGAGCAGCCUUUUUGAUACAACCUCAAUUCGGAAGCGGGCGUGAGCGAUGAUUGCGCUGGUUGGCCGGCGAUGACAAAACAAUGUGUAGAGCAGCAUACCAUUGUGCAUGUACAAUGAUAAUAUUAUUGUAAAAUAUAUUUAAUAUGGACUUACAUAAAAGGAAGUUUGUUUUUACACGUCGUUUUCCGAAUGAUGCCUCCGGCUAUCGAAUUGUUCAGAUAUUAACGAGGCACAGUGAUGAAUUUAACGACGGUUGAAGGGAGAAAAACAAAAUGUUCGAACAAUCGUUUCGGACUGAAAAGAGCAAAAAUAAAACGAAAAGUAAGCACGGUCGAUAUUCGUCAAAUAAAGCAUGGGUAUCAAUUCAAGGAAGAGAAAAAUAACGAGAGAAACGUCGUGCAUUAUUUGGCAAUUGUAUUAUUUUUAUACACGAUUUCCUCGGUAAAUGAAUAUCUCGAAUUAAAAAUUCAAAAAGAAUAAAAUAAAACUGAAAAACAUCCGUUUGGAAUUGUAAUUACGUCUUAUUGUCAAGGGUUCUAUGCGAAAUUAAAAUUUUCACGGCUCAAUAUGCUCAAUUUUUUGAAAAAAAUGUAAGUUACACACCGCUAUUCUCCCCUUUCAUCAGAGAAGAAGGUAAAACUUAUUUUUCACAAAAUAUCAAGGAUUUCCAAGUAAACCGUGUAUCUGCUUUUCAGUCACCUCUUUCGCACUCAAGCGACUGACAGAUCACUUAAGCACGUACAGAGUCGUUGUUGCUUUGAUAUAUCUUAAUGCACCUUAAAGGGAAAAAAACCGAAAACCCUCAUUAUUUUUUUUCUUUCAAAGAUUUCAAUUUUUUUCUGCUCGUCCCAAAUUGAAUAUGUUGUUAUUAUUAUAUAUCCGAACGGUUGUGAGCGUACAGAUAAAUAAUAUGAUCGAUGGACUAUAUAUUUAGCGAAUGCACAUUUGAUGAGACACCAAACUUCGAUAUUAGUUUGUUCUGCGUUGCUCUCAAUUUUCAAAUCGUUCGUUUUUAAUAUCAUUGUUAUGCAGGAAUUUUAUUAAAUACUUGCGAAUGAAAGACGCAAAAAUAACACAAUUGCUUCGAAAUUGUACAUAUUUGUAAAGUAUUUGAACAGAAAAAAACGUGUCCUCGAUGCAAUGGUAACUUCUUAGCGCGAUAAAAACCGUUGGUCGAUAAAAAUUUUAAUCAUCAAUUUUUUCAACAAGUUUUAAUCAUCGAAAUUUUGGUGCAUUGUCAUAAAAUCGAAUUUCUUGUUUUCAGCAGCGUUUUUUUUUUUUAUUAUUAUUUCAAUAUGAGCACAAUGUAAAAUUCCGUGACGGAAGAACGUACGAUGAAAUUUGGCAUCGAUAAGCAACAACCUCUACUCACCUACGCUUUGUUGCUCGGCGACAUUGAAUCUGAUGAGGCACGAAUCGCAAUCCUCUUCUUCAAAUGGCCAAAUGGUUUUUGAAAAUAUAUUCAUAUACCGAAUUCUAAUCUCCAAUUUUCGGUACAACGGAAUCUGGAGGCUAACAGCAGUUCAUGAUUGCGUACGAUUUUCAGAGACUCGGGAGUGUUUCUCAUAGAAAAGAAUCGAGCAAUUAGACAGCGUGAUAACGUUGAUUUCCGAUAGAACAUGGACUUUAAAUUAUCAACGGUGUGUCUCUCGUUGGGUGGAGGUUUUUAUUAGAUCUAGUUCACUCUAGCGUUACACAUUAGUUAAAUAAUUAUAAUAUGAACAAUAUUAAAUAUAUAAACUUGAUUCUUCCGGGUAGAUAUUGCUCGUGGAUUAAGAGAUACGUGUAAUAAACAAAAAUAUACACUACCGGGGAAAAUUUUCUGGAUAAAAGUCCAAAAAGUUCCUGCACUUUGUUUGUGCUUCUCCGCCGACAGUUUAGAUUUGGAUGCAACGAAUGACAUUGUGAAAGAGAUUUAUUUUGAUUUUUUCGGAAAGUCUACGAUCCUUUUCAGAUUCUGUGAGCGAAUACGCAAAGGUAUAUUGAUUGCCAUACCUCGAAAAUGUGAUGGGGUUUUUGAUUAAAUUUUAGGAAAGAAAAAAGUUUUGUUGCUUUUACUCUCGACUCAUUAGGAUUUUAUCAGAUUUAUUUGCAAUUUAUUUUUUUAUUAAAUUUUUUUUACCUCAAUUGUUGAUAAAUUGAUGUAGAGUUUUUCAAGAAUUAUGGAGCCGUGUUAAAAUAUACAGAGUGAAAAAGACUCCAUUGCUAUAUUAAAAUUUUUUAUUCAUAAAUUUCUUCAUUUAUACCGUUCAAACUUUGAUCUCGUCGAAGAAAUCACCUUUGGUAUUCAGCAUUUUUUUUAUGAUCUGCUGCAUCUUUUCCCACGAAUUUUUCAAAAACGCGCAAUUGAGUCUUAUGCCACGUUUCUUAGUCUCUCCCAACGGUGCAGAUGAAUGCGUCAUUUUUCUAAUUCGGUGAUCCAAUUUAUUCCACAUUGUGUACAAAAAAUUACAUCUGAAAAUGUGGCCCAAUUGAAAAAGAAAAAAAAACGAAUGUUUUCAAAAUGACGUAGUACCCGUAAAAAAGGUCGGUGACUUAAAAAAAAAAACAACCAAAAUAAAGCCUCUUUUCAAAUGCUCUUUUUGCAUCCGAAUUUAGACUACUGACGUAGGAGCACAAAAAAUAGUGCGAGAAUUUUUUUGGACCUUUGUCUAGAAACUUUUCCUCGUUGGUAUACGUAUAAAUAUAUCUAUAUAUAUAUAUGAUAGCAUUUUAUCAUAACUAAUCUAUAAUUUAUAAAUAAAAGGAAUGAGUGACAUGUGAAUGUGAGACAGACCGUAGUUUUUUUACUCUCUCAUCAUUUUUUGGUUUAAAUCAUAAUUUUUUCAAUUGUUUUUUUUCAAUUGUAGAUUUAUAAGGGUGCAGGGACGGUCAACACGUUUUUCUUCAGUCCUUCGUUGUUCAUCUUUAUUUCUAGUAGGGAUGUACGUCCUGUAUGUACCUAUAAGUACUCAACUUAUUCUGAUACUCUAUUUCGGCUACUAAAUGUAUAGCGAGAAACAAUUCUUACUUAUUGUAACAGCAACUUUGGGAUGAUGCUGUUCCAUUAAAUUUUGUAACGGAACAAAUAUUGCUUCAAUCAAUAAAUUCAAUAAAAAUGUA